UCUCCCCUUGCCGCCCCCUCUGACACAAUGGUUGGGGCCGAAGGCCACGCCCUCCCGCAGCCCUUCGGGCGCAUCCCGGGCUGCUUCUCACCGCCUUUCCACCCGGCUCACCCCGGUACGAUCCCCGAGUUCCUUCUAAAUGGCGACUCUCCUAUGUUGUGGGCCGAAGCUGGCUGCCUGCGGCAUAGUCCUCAGCGCCUGGGGAGUGAUCAUGUUGAUAAUGCUCGGAAUAUUUUUCAACGUCCAUUCCGCUGUGUUAAUUGAGGACGUUCCCUUCACAGAGAAAGAUUUCGAGAAUGGCCCCCAGAAAAUAUACAACCUUUACGAGCAAGUGAGCUACAACUGUUUCAUCGCCGCGGGCCUUUACCUCCUCCUUGGAGGCUUCUCAUUCUGCCAAGUUCGGCUCAAUAAGCGCAAAGAAUAUAUGGUGCGCUAGAGGUCCGGUUUCCCUCUCUAGCCUCCUCCUCUAUUUAAAGACUCCCUCCACCCUCACCUGGGUUGUCUCACCCAUUCUAGCGCUCUCUCCGAGACUGGGUUUCCCUGGCUAGAGACUGAAUCCCUUGUUCCCCCUCGAGCCCUACAGCAAGGGGAACGGAGGCUGGCCGUUCACUCUCUCUCCAUCUUCUUUGCUUUCUCUGU